GAUUUGAUGAUAAAAAAAUAACUGCUGAAAUCCCUGGAAAGUAAACGCACAUAUCAAUAGGUGAGCCGUUGGCACGACGUUUGACAAAGUGCUCAGGUUCAUGAUCUCUUAGCAUAGAAGCACGGGAUGCACUGAACGCCAUUGCAGCGUCCAGAUCGGCGCUUUAAAUUAUGGUGACUCUGGCUAAUGUAUCAGAUCCUCAAACGGACCGGGUUUACACCCUCUCUGUCUCAGAUGCCCUGCUACUGGUCCUCAUCGCCGUUUGUUUGCUCUACCUACUCCCUCGCAAGCUACUCCGGUACUGUAAAGAUGUUAGCAGUGGCACAGAAGUGGGGGGUGCAAGGCUUGGGCCCAAGCGUCAAUAGCUGUGAAGAUCUGCAGCACGCGCAGUUGUUGAGGAUAUUAGAGGAACUGUGGAAGGGGAGGAAGUACGUUCUGCCACGAGAUAGAACUCAUUCAUCAGAGGAUAUAAUUCUCUAUAUAGAGAAUUAUGGAGCAGAUCAAAGAUGUCACCAUGGCAGAGUCUGCAGAACAGUGUCGACGUCGGUCUGUAAUUCUAAAAAAAGACCAAGCUAUGGACCCUGCUCCGUGACAAUCUUUACAGUGCUGCAACCAUGUUGAUUACUUUGUUUUGAGCGCUAGCCAAGCAUGUCUUGGCAAGAGUCAGUCCUGAACUAUGUGAUAGGUAGCCUGAGUGGCACUUAACACCCUCAAUUGAUUGCU